UCCCCGCCCCGUUCCCUCUCCAUCCCCGCUCCUUUCCCGCUCCAUUCCCUCCCCGUUCCCGCCCCGUUCCCGCUGCAUUCCCGCUCCCGGUGCCUUUAAUUCCCGUUUCCCGGGCAGGCCCGGCCCCUCCGGUGACACAGCAGCGCCGCGCGGGGCCGGGCGGGAGGAGCGCGGGGAGGCUGCGGCCGGAGCGGGGCCGGGCCGGGCCCUCCGCCGCUCAUGGCCCUGCCCGGGGCCCGCUCCGCCCGCCCGGAGCCCGGGGAGCGCCCGGCCCUGAGCCCGCAGCGCCGCCGCCACCGGAGGAGAGCGGCCCCGGCGUCGGCGGAAAAGCCCUGAGGGAGGAGGGAGACGGCGGCGAGGAGGAGGAGGAGGAGGGGGAGGAAGCGAGGGAAGGAGCCGGGGGAAAAACAGGACAAGGAAGAGCUUGGAGCGGAGCCCAGGAGCGGCUGGAGCGCGCCGGAAGGGACCCCCCCCGCGCCUCCCAGGACAGCCGGACACCCCCGCUGACCACCCGCCGGACCUGCGGCCCCGCCGCGAGGAGCAGCGGCCCCUCCUCGGGGACACCGAGCCGCGCGUCGCCCUCCCGCUGGAAUUCCGCCUGGCGGGAAAUCCCGAGCCUCUCCUCCGCCUCCUCCUCCUCCUCCUCCUCCUCCUCGCGGCGGUGUCACCCCGAGGCCACCAGCCCAGCCACCCCCCUCCCGCAUGGUGCACCCUGCCGGCGCCUCCCGCUUCCCCCAGGAGCGCCCCGAUCCCACCGGGAAGCGCGAGCGCGUCGCUGGAAUUCUCCGGGGAGCCGCGGCAGCGUUAAGAUGGUGAGAGCUGCCCGGGCCGGGCCGGGCGGGGAGCAGCAGGAUGGACACCGGGCCGGCCAUCCCGGGAGCCUAGGGAAGGAUGGACUCGCGGAGCCGCCGGGAUGCGCAGCGCACGGAGCGGCCCCGCGGCGGCGGCGGCGGCGGCCGUAGCGAGGGCGAGCGGGAGCGCAUCCGCGGCCGCAUGAGGAUGGUGAUCGGGCAGCUCGAGGGCAUCCUGCACGAGCUCAAGGAGGUGGCCAAGGAGCUCCGCGAGGUCGUGGCUCAGAUCGACCGCCUGACGUCCGACUUCGCUCUGGACCUGGAGCCGGACGCUUGGACUCCGGCCACGGCCAGCAGCACGUCCAGCAGCGACCGCGGCGGCGCCAGCCUCGAGCUGGGCCCGCUGGACUUCGCCUCCUCCGACAUCCUCUCGGACAGCUGGGAAUUCUGCUCCUUCCUGGACGCCUCCACGCCCUCGGACCCUGGCGAUUGUCCGGAGGCUCCGCGGCCGCCGCCGGCCCGCCUGAUGAACGGGGGGGUCCCUUUGGCCAACGGCCCCCGCGGCGGCGGCGGGGGGACCCCGGAUUCCUCCAGCGAGGAAUGCUUCGGCAGCGUCGCCCUUCCCAAGAUGCCGGCGCCGCGGCCGCCGGGCACGCGGGAGCGCGUCCGCUUCAGCGACAAGGUGCUCUACCACGCCCUGUGCUGCGACGACGACGGCGACGCCGGCGACGCCGCGGCCGCUCCCGGCGCCGACGGUGCCGAGGAUCCCGCCAGGAAGGGGCCUCGGGAGCAGCUCCCGAGGAAUCCGGGCGCGAUCCCGAUGAGGAGAAGCACGAGGAACAGCAGCACCCAGACCGUGGCCGAUAAGAGCACGCAGACCUUGCUGCCCUACGUCCCGGCCAGGCAGAGAAUUCCCAACAAAAACUGAGCCCGGAUCCGGGUUUGGGAUGGGUUCGGGGCGGGAUGAGGGGUGGGGCAAAAUCCCUGGGAAAGGGGCUGGAAAAUAUAUAUAUAGAUAUAAAUAUAAAUAUAUAUUUCAAUAAAUCCGUACUCCUCAUAGCAGCGGCACCGAAUAGCCCGGUAAUAUCCCGAUAAUAUCCCGAUAAUAUCCUGAUGAUAUCCCGAUAAAAUCCCGACAAUAUCCCCGUAUCCCGAUCAUUUUCCAGGCUCAGGGAAUUUGAAGGAGAUCAAUAAAUCAUUAAAGAUAUGGAUGUGC